CGUGUUUUUGAGCAAGUAGGAGGAGGAGGGGAAGUAGAGCACUUUAGUUACCAUAUUUCCAAACAGCACAGAAACAGAGAGGAUAGUUUCCCAUUGCCUCAUCGUGUGAGAGAAAAAAAAGGUGUUGAAUUUGAGAAAGUUGUCACUGUCAUUCGGACGUUCACACUAUGGCAGGCGGAUCGGUAUCGGAGUGUAAGGAAUACUUGUUCAAAGUAAUUGUCAUCGGGGAGUUAGGUGUGGGGAAAACCAGCAUUAUCAAACGAUACGUCCACCAGCUAUUCUCCCAACACUACAGAGCGACUAUUGGGGUCGAUUUUGCGCUCAAAGUUAUCAACUGGGACAGCAAAACGCUGGUGAGGUUACAACUAUGGGAUAUCGCAGGUCAGGAGCGAUUUGGGAACAUGACGCGGGUGUAUUACAAGGAGGCGGUGGGGGCAUUCGUGGUGUUUGACGUGACGAGGGGCUCCACUUUUGAGGCCGUGUCCAAAUGGAAGCACGACUUGGACAGCAAGGUGAAACUGGCCAAUGGGAGCCCUAUACCCUCGGUGCUGCUUGCCAAUAAGUGUGACCAGAAGAAAGAGAGCUUCAACAACACUUCCCUCAUGGACAACUUCUGUAAAGAGACUGGCUUCCUGGGCUGGUUCGAGACCUCAGCCAUGGACAACAUCAACGUGGACGAGGCAGUUCGGUUCCUGGUGGAGAACAUCCUGCUGAACGACAAGGGCCUGCGGUACGAGGAGAGCAACAGAGACCGCAUCAAACUGGACCAGGAGACGGUGGCUGCUGAGAGCAAGCCAGGCUGCUGCUAGCACUGAGGACUCCUACUGCAUCCACCAUCCACCCUCCUCCCCCCGGAUUGCACCUCAGCCCAGCUCACACAGAGGGCCUAGAGGUCAAGGACUGGGUCUCCGAGCACCAACCACCCCUCCCCUAUGUCCGUUAACUCUGGACCCCCUCAACACCCUUCCAAACGUAGCCCCCUUCUUCUGUAUCUACUAUCACAACAGGGGCUGCUGUUCAGGAAGGGUGUGACCCUGAACCCCAUAACCCACCCCAAGCUGUCAUUACACUGGACUUCCUAACUUCCAACCCAAUGCCCUCUGCCAUACCCCGUCCCAUGACCCUGCGGGAAGGGCUACUGUCCAGGGAGUGGGUCUCGGCACACCCCAGCCCACUGACAAUUACACAUCUAACUGUCAUGUUUCAUAAUGGUGCGAAGAGUUCUCUUUUUUUCCAUAGUUUUCGCUGAAGGCCUGAACGAAGGUGGGACUAAGGAUGUGCCAUAGGAACUCAGCGAGAAAUCCCUGAGAGACUUGAUGUCUUAUUAAUAGUAUGAAAGAGUACAUCUGAGAUGUGUAUUUUUUUAAACAUUUCUGUUUGAUCAUGUACUGUACAAUUCUUGGUGAGGUACAUCAGGUGGGUGAGUGAACCCUCCCUCUACCCAAGAAGUUGAGAAUCAUAGGCAAGUGUAAAUGAUUUUUUAAACACAGUGCGUAUUAAGUUUACAUGUGAAAAUAUACUUUGAAACUACUACAAGAACAAAAAGUAAUAAACAUUUUAAUUGAUAAUA